AUGAAUUCAUACUGGUGGAAAGCCGUCCAGUUAGACAUCGCAGAUGUUGAUGACAAACCAUCUCACUGCAAUUUAUCAGCCAUAUGUUUUUGAGAUGUUUUAUUGAAGAAGAAACUAGCAAAAUAUAUUCUGUUAGUGAAGACUUCUGGUGAUAUAAGUAUCAAACAAUCGAAAGCGAUGCUGUGUGUUCUCAGCGGUCAAAUGGAUUUAAGCAAACAAAAAGCGUUUGUUGAUGUCAAAGGCAACUGUUGGAAUGGUUCCAUCCAAGAUCUCAUGUCAGUAUAA